AUGCCUCCAAAGUUCGACCCCAAUGAGGUGAAGAUUAUCCACCUGAGGGCUACCGGUGGUGAAGUCGGUGCUCAGUCUGCAUUGGCUCCCAAGGUCGGUCCUCUUGGUCUUUCGCCCAAGAAGAUUGGUGAAGAUAUUGCCAAAGCUACCGGCGACUGGAAGGGUCUCCGUGUCACCGUCAAGCUCACCAUCCAGAACCGUCAGGCUGCUGUCUCUGUCGUUCCCUCUGCCUCUUCUCUGGUCAUCAAGGCCUUGAAGGAGCCUCCCCGUGACCGCAAGAAGGAGAAGAACAUCAAGCACUCCAAGUCUAUCCCUCUGGACGAGAUCAUUGAGAUCGCUCGCAUCAUGCGCAACCGCAGUCUCGCUAAGGAGCUCCGUGGAGUCGUUUUGGAGAUUUUGGGCACAGCCUUCAGCGUAGGAUGUCAAGUCGAUGGACGCAGUCCCAAGGACGUCAGUGACGAUGUCAAGGCUGGAGAAAUUGACAGUGAGUCUUCCGAUUUUUGA